AUGGAGGCAAGGAUGAUGGAGGCAAGGAUGAUGGAGGCAAGGAUGAUGGUGGCAAGGAUGAUGGAUGCAACGAUGAUGGAGGCAAGGAUGAUGGAGGCAAGGAUGAUGGAGGCAAGGAUGAUGGAGGCAAGGAUGAUGGAAGCAAGGAUGAUGGAAGCAAGGAUGAUGGAGGCAAGGAUGAUGGAAGCAAGGAUGAUGGAAGCAAGAAUGAUUGAGGCAAUGAUGAUGGAGGCAAGGAUGAUGGAGGCAAGGAUGAUGGAGGCAAGGAUGAGGGAGGCAAGGAUGAUGGAGGCAAGGAUGAUGAGCAAGAUGAUGGAAGCAAGGAUGAUGGAAGCAAGGAUUAUGGAGGCAAGGAUGAUGGAGGCAAGGAUGAUGGAGGCAAGGAUGAUGGAGGCAAGGAUGAUGGUGGCAAGGAUGAUGGAGGCAAGGAUGAUGGAGGCAAGGGUGAUGGAGACAAGGAUGAAGCAUGAUGGAGGCAAGGAUGAUGGAGGCAAGGAUGAUGGAGGCAAGGAUGAUGGAGGCAAGGAUGAUGGAGGCAAGGAUGAUGGAGGCAAGGAUGAUGGCAAGGAUGAUGGAUGCAAGGAUGAUGGAGGCAAGGAUGAUGGAGGCAAGGGUGAUGGAGGCAAGGAUGAUGGAGGCAAGGAGGAUGGAGGCAAGGAUGAUGGUGGCAAGGAUGAUGGAGGCAAGGAUGAUGGAGGCAAGGAUGAUGGAGGCAAGGAUGAUGGUGGCAAGGAUGAUGGAGGCAAGGAUGAUGGAGGCGAGGAUGAUGGAGGCGAGGAUGAUGGAGGCAAGGAUGAUGGAGGCAAGGAUGAUGGAGGCAAGGAUGAGGGAGGCAAGGAUGAUGGAGGCAAGGAUGAUGGAGGCAAGGAUGAUGGAGGCAAGGAUGAUGGAGGCAAGGAUGAUGGAGGCAAGGAUGAUGGAGGCAAGGAUGAUGGAGGCAAGGAUGAUGGAGGCAAGGAUGAUGGUGGCAAGGAUGAUGGAGGCAAGGAUGAUGGAGGCAAGGAUGAUGGAGGCAAGGAUGAUGGAGGCAAGGAUGAUGGAGGCAAGGAUGAUGGAGGCAAGGAUGAUGGAGGCAAGGAUGAUGGAGGCAAGGAUGAUGGAGGCAAGGAUGAUGGAGGCAAGGAUGAUGGAGGCAAGGAUGAUGGAGGCAAGGAUGAUGGUGGCAAGGAUGAUGGAGGCAAGGAUGAUGGAGGCAAGGAUGAUGGAGGCAAGGAUGAUGGAGGCAAGGAUGAUGGAGGCAAGGAUGAUGGAGGCAAGGAUGAUGGUGGCAAGGAUGAUGGUGGUAAAGAUGAUGGAGGCAAGGAUGAUGGAGGCAAGGAUGAUGGAGGCAAGGAUGAUGGAGGCAAGGAUGAUGGAGGCAAGGAUGAUGGAGGCAAGGAUGAUGGAGGCAAGGAUGAUGGAGGCAAGGAUGAUGGAGGCAAGGAUGAUGGAGGCAAGGAUGAUGGAGGCAAGGAUGAUGGAGGCAAGGAUGAUGGAGGCAAGGAUGAUGGAGGCAAGGAUGAUGGAGGCAAGGAUGAUGGAGGCAAGGAUGAUGGAGGCAAGGAUGAUGGUGGCAAGGAUGAUGGUGGCAAGGAUGAUGAAGGCAAGGAUGAUGGAGGCAAGGAUGAUGGAGGCAAGGAUGAUGGAGGCAAGGAUGAUGGAGGCAAGGAUGAUGGAGGCAAGGAUGAUGGUGGCAAGGAUGAUGGAGGCAAGGAUGAUGGAGGCAAGGAUGAUGGAGGCAAGGAUGAUGGAGGCAAGGAUGAUGGAGGCAAGGAUGAUGGCAAGGAUGAUGGAGGCAAGGAUGAUGGAGGCAAGGAUGAUGGAGGCAAGGAUGAUGGAGGCAAGGAUGAUGGAAGCAAGGAUGAUGGAAGCAAGGAUGAUGGAGGCAAGGAUGAUGGAGGCAAGGAUGAUGGAGGCAAGGAUGAUGGAGGCAAGGAUGAUGGAGGCAAGGAUGAUGGAGGCAAGGAUGAUGGAGGCAAGGAUGAUGGAGGCAAGGAUGAUGGAGGCAAGGAUGAUGGAGGCAAGGAUGAUGGAGGCAAGGAUGAUGGAGGCAAGGAUGAUGGAGGCAAGGAUGAUGGAGGCAAGGAUGAUGGAGGCAAGGAUGAUGGAGGCAAGGAUGAUGGAGGCAAGGAUGAUGGAGGCAAGGAUGAUGGAGGCAAGGAUGAUGGAGGCAAGGAUGAUGGAGGCAAGGAUGAUGGAGGCAAGGAUGAUGGAGGCAAGGAUGAUGGAGGCAAGGAUGAUGGAGGCAAGGAUGAUGGAGGCAAGGAUGAUGGAGGCAAGGAUGAUGGAGGCAAGGAUGAUGGAGGCAAGGAUGAUGGAGGCAAGGAUGAUGGAGGCAAGGAUGAUGGUGGCAAGGAUGAUGGUGGCAAGGAUGAUGGAGGCAAGGAUGAUGGAGGCAAGGAUGAUGGAGGCAAGGAUGAUGGAGGCAAGGAUGAUGGAGGCAAGGAUGAUGGAGGCAAGGAUGAUGGAGGCAAGGAUGAUGGAGGCAAGGAUGAUGGAGGCAAGGAUGAUGGAGGCAAGGAUGAUGGAGGCAAGGAUGAUGGAGGCAAGGAUGAUGGAGGCAAGGAUGAUGGAGGCAAGGAUGAUGGAGGCAAGGAUGAUGGAGGCAAGGAUGAUGGAAGCAAGGAUGAUGGAGGCAAGGAUGAUGGAGGCAAGGAUGAUGGAGGCAAGGAUGAUGGAGGCAAGGAUGAUGGAGGCAAGGAUGAUGGAGGCAAGGAUGAUGGAGGCAAGGAUGAUGGAGGCAAGGAUGAUGGAGGCAAGGAUGAUGGAGGCAAGGAUGAUGGAAGCAAGGAUGAUGGAGGCAAGGAUGAUGGAGGCAAGGAUGAUGGAGGCAAGGAUGAUGGAGGCAAGGAUGAUGGAGGCAAGGAUGAUGGAGGCAAGGAUGAUGGAGGCAAGGAUGAUGGAGGCAAGGAUGAUGGAGGCAAGGAUGAUGGAGGCAAGGAUGAUGGAGGCAAGGAUGAUGGAGGCAAGGAUGAUGGAGGCAAGGAUGAUGGAGGCAAGGAUGAUGGAGGCAAGGAUGAUGGAGGCAAGGAUGAUGGUGGCAAGGAUGAUGGAGGCAAGGAUGAUGGAGGCAAGGAUGAUGGAGGCAAGGAUGAUGGAGGCAAGGAUGAUGGAGGCAAGGAUGAUGGAGGCAAGGAUGAUGGAGGCAAGGAUGAUGGAGGCAAGGAUGAUGGAGGCAAGGAUGAUGGAGGCAAGGAUGAUGGAGGCAAGGAUGAUGGAGGCAAGGAUGAUGGAGGCAAGGAUGAUGGAGGCAAGGAUGAUGGAGGCAAGGAUGAUGGAGGCAAGGAUGAUGGAGGCAAGGAUGAUGGAGGCAAGGAUGAUGGAGGCAAGGAUGAUGGAGGCAAGGAUGAUGGAGGCAAGGAUGAUGGAGGCAAGGAUGAUGGAGGCAAGGAUGAUGGAGGCAAGGAUGAUGGAGGCAAGGAUGAUGGAGGCAAGGAUGAUGGAGGCAAGGAUGAUGGAGGCAAGGAUGAUGGAGGCAAGGAUGAUGGAGGCAAGGAUGAUGGAGGCAAGGAUGAUGGAGGCAAGGAUGAUGGAGGCAAGGAUGAUGGAGGCAAGGAUGAUGGAGGCAAGGAUGAUGGAGGCAAGGAUGAUGGAGGCAAGGAUGAUGGAGGCAAGGAUGAUGGAGGCAAGGAUGAUGGAGGCAAGGAUGAUGGAGGCAAGGAUGAUGGAGGCAAGGAUGAUGGAGGCAAGGAUGAUGGAGGCAAGGAUGAUGGAGGCAAGGAUGAUGGAGGCAAGGAUGAUGGAGGCAAGGAUGAUGGAGGCAAGGAUGAUGGAGGCAAGGAUGAUGGAGGCAAGGAUGAUGGAGGCAAGGAUGAUGGAGGCAAGGAUGAUGGAGGCAAGGAUGAUGGAGGCAAGGAUGAUGGAGGCAAGGAUGAUGGAGGCAAGGAUGAUGGAGGCAAGGAUGAUGGAGGCAAGGAUGAUGGAGGCAAGGAUGAUGGAGGCAAGGAUGAUGGAGGCAAGGAUGAUGGUGGCAAGGAUGAUGGAGGCAAGGAUGAUGGAGGCAAGGAUGAUGGAGGCAAGGAUGAUGGAGGCAAGGAUGAUGGAGGCAAGGAUGAUGGAGGCAAGGAUGAUGGAGGCAAGGAUGAUGGAGGCAAGGAUGAUGGAGGCAAGGAUGAUGGAGGCAAGGAUGAUGGAGGCAAGGAUGAUGGAGGCAAGGAUGAUGGAGGCAAGGAUGAUGGAGGCAAGGAUGAUGGAGGCAAGGAUGAUGGAGGCAAGGAUGAUGGAGGCAAGGAUGAUGGAGGCAAGGAUGAUGGAGGCAAGGAUGAUGGAGGCAAGGAUGAUGGAGGCAAGGAUGAUGGAGGCAAGGAUGAUGGAGGCAAGGAUGAUGGAGGCAAGGAUGAUGGAGGCAAGGAUGAUGGAGGCAAGGAUGAUGGAGGCAAGGAUGAUGGAGGCAAGGAUGAUGGAGGCAAGGAUGAUGGAGGCAAGGAUGAUGGAGGCAAGGAUGAUGGAGGCAAGGAUGAUGGAGGCAAGGAUGAUGGAGGCAAGGAUGAUGGAGGCAAGGAUGAUGGAGGCAAGGAUGAUGGAGGCAAGGAUGAUGGAGGCAAGGAUGAUGGAGGCAAGGAUGAUGGAGGCAAGGAUGAUGGAGGCAAGGAUGAUGGAGGCAAGGAUGAUGGAGGCAAGGAUGAUGGAGGCAAGGAUGAUGGAGGCAAGGAUGAUGGAGGCAAGGAUGAUGGAGGCAAGGAUGAUGGAGGCAAGGAUGAUGGAGGCAAGGAUGAUGGAGGCAAGGAUGAUGGAGGCAAGGAUGAUGGAGGCAAGGAUGAUGGAGGCAAGGAUGAUGGAGGCAAGGAUGAUGGAGGCAAGGAUGAUGGAGGCAAGGAUGAUGGAGGCAAGGAUGAUGGAGGCAAGGAUGAUGGAGGCAAGGAUGAUGGAGGCAAGGAUGAUGGAGGCAAGGAUGAUGGAGGCAAGGAUGAUGGAGGCAAGGAUGAUGGAGGCAAGGAUGAUGGAGGCAAGGAUGAUGGAGGCAAGGAUGAUGGAGGCAAGGAUGAUGGAGGCAAGGAUGAUGGAGGCAAGGAUGAUGGAGGCAAGGAUGAUGGAGGCAAGGAUGAUGGAGGCAAGGAUGAUGGAGGCAAGGAUGAUGGAGGCAAGGAUGAUGGAGGCAAGGAUGAUGGAGGCAAGGAUGAUGGAGGCAAGGAUGAUGGAGGCAAGGAUGAUGGAGGCAAGGAUGAUGGAGGCAAGGAUGAUGGAGGCAAGGAUGAUGGAGGCAAGGAUGAUGGAGGCAAGGAUGAUGGAGGCAAGGAUGAUGGAGGCAAGGAUGAUGGAGGCAAGGAUGAUGGAGGCAAGGAUGAUGGAGGCAAGGAUGAUGGAGGCAAGGAUGAUGGAGGCAAGGAUGAUGGAGGCAAGGAUGAUGGAGGCAAGGAUGAUGGAGGCAAGGAUGAUGGAGGCAAGGAUGAUGGAGGCAAGGAUGAUGGAGGCAAGGAUGAUGGAGGCAAGGAUGAUGGAGGCAAGGAUGAUGGAGGCAAGGAUGAUGGAGGCAAGGAUGAUGGAGGCAAGGAUGAUGGAGGCAAGGAUGAUGGAGGCAAGGAUGAUGGAGGCAAGGAUGAUGGAGGCAAGGAUGAUGGAGGCAAGGAUGAUGGAGGCAAGGAUGAUGGAGGCAAGGAUGAUGGAGGCAAGGAUGAUGGAGGCAAGGAUGAUGGAGGCAAGGAUGAUGGAGGCAAGGAUGAUGGAGGCAAGGAUGAUGGAGGCAAGGAUGAUGGAGGCAAGGAUGAUGGAGGCAAGGAUGAUGGAGGCAAGGAUGAUGGAGGCAAGGAUGAUGGAGGCAAGGAUGAUGGAGGCAAGGAUGAUGGAGGCAAGGAUGAUGGAGGCAAGGAUGAUGGAGGCAAGGAUGAUGGAGGCAAGGAUGAUGGAGGCAAGGAUGAUGGAGGCAAGGAUGAUGGAGGCAAGGAUGAUGGAGGCAAGGAUGAUGGAGGCAAGGAUGAUGGAGGCAAGGAUGAUGGAGGCAAGGAUGAUGGAGGCAAGGAUGAUGGAGGCAAGGAUGAUGGAGGCAAGGAUGAUGGAGGCAAGGAUGAUGGAGGCAAGGAUGAUGGAGGCAAGGAUGAUGGAGGCAAGGAUGAUGGAGGCAAGGAUGAUGGAGGCAAGGAUGAUGGAGGCAAGGAUGAUGGAGGCAAGGAUGAUGGAGGCAAGGAUGAUGGAGGCAAGGAUGAUGGAGGCAAGGAUGAUGGAGGCAAGGAUGAUGGAGGCAAGGAUGAUGGAGGCAAGGAUGAUGGAGGCAAGGAUGAUGGAGGCAAGGAUGAUGGAGGCAAGGAUGAUGGAGGCAAGGAUGAUGGAGGCAAGGAUGAUGGAGGCAAGGAUGAUGGAGGCAAGGAUGAUGGAGGCAAGGAUGAUGGAGGCAAGGAUGAUGGAGGCAAGGAUGAUGGAGGCAAGGAUGAUGGAGGCAAGGAUGAUGGAGGCAAGGAUGAUGGAGGCAAGGAUGAUGGAGGCAAGGAUGAUGGAGGCAAGGAUGAUGGAGGCAAGGAUGAUGGAGGCAAGGAUGAUGGAGGCAAGGAUGAUGGAGGCAAGGAUGAUGGAGGCAAGGAUGAUGGAGGCAAGGAUGAUGGAGGCAAGGAUGAUGGAGGCAAGGAUGAUGGAGGCAAGGAUGAUGGAGGCAAGGAUGAUGGAGGCAAGGAUGAUGGAGGCAAGGAUGAUGGAGGCAAGGAUGAUGGAGGCAAGGAUGAUGGAGGCAAGGAUGAUGGAGGCAAGGAUGAUGGAGGCAAGGAUGAUGGAGGCAAGGAUGAUGGAGGCAAGGAUGAUGGAGGCAAGGAUGAUGGAGGCAAGGAUGAUGGAGGCAAGGAUGAUGGAGGCAAGGAUGAUGGAGGCAAGGAUGAUGGAGGCAAGGAUGAUGGAGGCAAGGAUGAUGGAGGCAAGGAUGAUGGAGGCAAGGAUGAUGGAGGCAAGGAUGAUGGAGGCAAGGAUGAUGGAGGCAAGGAUGAUGGAGGCAAGGAUGAUGGAGGCAAGGAUGAUGGAGGCAAGGAUGAUGGAGGCAAGGAUGAUGGAGGCAAGGAUGAUGGAGGCAAGGAUGAUGGAGGCAAGGAUGAUGGAGGCAAGGAUGAUGGAGGCAAGGAUGAUGGAGGCAAGGAUGAUGGAGGCAAGGAUGAUGGAGGCAAGGAUGAUGGAGGCAAGGAUGAUGGAGGCAAGGAUGAUGGAGGCAAGGAUGAUGGAGGCAAGGAUGAUGGAGGCAAGGAUGAUGGAGGCAAGGAUGAUGGAGGCAAGGAUGAUGGAGGCAAGGAUGAUGGAGGCAAGGAUGAUGGAGGCAAGGAUGAUGGAGGCAAGGAUGAUGGAGGCAAGGAUGAUGGAGGCAAGGAUGAUGGAGGCAAGGAUGAUGGAGGCAAGGAUGAUGGAGGCAAGGAUGAUGGAGGCAAGGAUGAUGGAGGCAAGGAUGAUGGAGGCAAGGAUGAUGGAGGCAAGGAUGAUGGAGGCAAGGAUGAUGGAGGCAAGGAUGAUGGAGGCAAGGAUGAUGGAGGCAAGGAUGAUGGAGGCAAGGAUGAUGGAGGCAAGGAUGAUGGAGGCAAGGAUGAUGGAGGCAAGGAUGAUGGAGGCAAGGAUGAUGGAGGCAAGGAUGAUGGAGGCAAGGAUGAUGGAGGCAAGGAUGAUGGAGGCAAGGAUGAUGGAGGCAAGGAUGAUGGAGGCAAGGAUGAUGGAGGCAAGGAUGAUGGAGGCAAGGAUGAUGGAGGCAAGGAUGAUGGAGGCAAGGAUGAUGGAGGCAAGGAUGAUGGAGGCAAGGAUGAUGGAGGCAAGGAUGAUGGAGGCAAGGAUGAUGGAGGCAAGGAUGAUGGAGGCAAGGAUGAUGGAGGCAAGGAUGAUGGAGGCAAGGAUGAUGGAGGCAAGGAUGAUGGAGGCAAGGAUGAUGGAGGCAAGGAUGAUGGAGGCAAGGAUGAUGGAGGCAAGGAUGAUGGAGGCAAGGAUGAUGGAGGCAAGGAUGAUGGAGGCAAGGAUGAUGGAGGCAAGGAUGAUGGAGGCAAGGAUGAUGGAGGCAAGGAUGAUGGAGGCAAGGAUGAUGGAGGCAAGGAUGAUGGAGGCAAGGAUGAUGGAGGCAAGGAUGAUGGAGGCAAGGAUGAUGGAGGCAAGGAUGAUGGAGGCAAGGAUGAUGGAGGCAAGGAUGAUGGAGGCAAGGAUGAUGGAGGCAAGGAUGAUGGAGGCAAGGAUGAUGGAGGCAAGGAUGAUGGAGGCAAGGAUGAUGGAGGCAAGGAUGAUGGAGGCAAGGAUGAUGGAGGCAAGGAUGAUGGAGGCAAGGAUGAUGGAGGCAAGGAUGAUGGAGGCAAGGAUGAUGGAGGCAAGGAUGAUGGAGGCAAGGAUGAUGGAGGCAAGGAUGAUGGAGGCAAGGAUGAUGGAGGCAAGGAUGAUGGAGGCAAGGAUGAUGGAGGCAAGGAUGAUGGAGGCAAGGAUGAUGGAGGCAAGGAUGAUGGAGGCAAGGAUGAUGGAGGCAAGGAUGAUGGAGGCAAGGAUGAUGGAGGCAAGGAUGAUGGAGGCAAGGAUGAUGGAGGCAAGGAUGAUGGAGGCAAGGAUGAUGGAGGCAAGGAUGAUGGAGGCAAGGAUGAUGGAGGCAAGGAUGAUGGAGGCAAGGAUGAUGGAGGCAAGGAUGAUGGAGGCAAGGAUGAUGGAGGCAAGGAUGAUGGAGGCAAGGAUGAUGGAGGCAAGGAUGAUGGAGGCAAGGAUGAUGGAGGCAAGGAUGAUGGAGGCAAGGAUGAUGGAGGCAAGGAUGAUGGAGGCAAGGAUGAUGGAGGCAAGGAUGAUGGAGGCAAGGAUGAUGGAGGCAAGGAUGAUGGAGGCAAGGAUGAUGGAGGCAAGGAUGAUGGAGGCAAGGAUGAUGGAGGCAAGGAUGAUGGAGGCAAGGAUGAUGGAGGCAAGGAUGAUGGAGGCAAGGAUGAUGGAGGCAAGGAUGAUGGAGGCAAGGAUGAUGGAGGCAAGGAUGAUGGAGGCAAGGAUGAUGGAGGCAAGGAUGAUGGAGGCAAGGAUGAUGGAGGCAAGGAUGAUGGAGGCAAGGAUGAUGGAGGCAAGGAUGAUGGAGGCAAGGAUGAUGGAGGCAAGGAUGAUGGAGGCAAGGAUGAUGGAGGCAAGGAUGAUGGAGGCAAGGAUGAUGGAGGCAAGGAUGAUGGAGGCAAGGAUGAUGGAGGCAAGGAUGAUGGAGGCAAGGAUGAUGGAGGCAAGGAUGAUGGAGGCAAGGAUGAUGGAGGCAAGGAUGAUGGAGGCAAGGAUGAUGGAGGCAAGGAUGAUGGAGGCAAGGAUGAUGGAGGCAAGGAUGAUGGAGGCAAGGAUGAUGGAGGCAAGGAUGAUGGAGGCAAGGAUGAUGGAGGCAAGGAUGAUGGAGGCAAGGAUGAUGGAGGCAAGGAUGAUGGAGGCAAGGAUGAUGGAGGCAAGGAUGAUGGAGGCAAGGAUGAUGGAGGCAAGGAUGAUGGAGGCAAGGAUGAUGGAGGCAAGGAUGAUGGAGGCAAGGAUGAUGGAGGCAAGGAUGAUGGAGGCAAGGAUGAUGGAGGCAAGGAUGAUGGAGGCAAGGAUGAUGGAGGCAAGGAUGAUGGAGGCAAGGAUGAUGGAGGCAAGGAUGAUGGAGGCAAGGAUGAUGGAGGCAAGGAUGAUGGAGGCAAGGAUGAUGGAGGCAAGGAUGAUGGAGGCAAGGAUGAUGGAGGCAAGGAUGAUGGAGGCAAGGAUGAUGGAGGCAAGGAUGAUGGAGGCAAGGAUGAUGGAGGCAAGGAUGAUGGAGGCAAGGAUGAUGGAGGCAAGGAUGAUGGAGGCAAGGAUGAUGGAGGCAAGGAUGAUGGAGGCAAGGAUGAUGGAGGCAAGGAUGAUGGAGGCAAGGAUGAUGGAGGCAAGGAUGAUGGAGGCAAGGAUGAUGGAGGCAAGGAUGAUGGAGGCAAGGAUGAUGGAGGCAAGGAUGAUGGAGGCAAGGAUGAUGGAGGCAAGGAUGAUGGAGGCAAGGAUGAUGGAGGCAAGGAUGAUGGAGGCAAGGAUGAUGGAGGCAAGGAUGAUGGAGGCAAGGAUGAUGGAGGCAAGGAUGAUGGAGGCAAGGAUGAUGGAGGCAAGGAUGAUGGAGGCAAGGAUGAUGGAGGCAAGGAUGAUGGAGGCAAGGAUGAUGGAGGCAAGGAUGAUGGAGGCAAGGAUGAUGGAGGCAAGGAUGAUGGAGGCAAGGAUGAUGGAGGCAAGGAUGAUGGAGGCAAGGAUGAUGGAGGCAAGGAUGAUGGAGGCAAGGAUGAUGGAGGCAAGGAUGAUGGAGGCAAGGAUGAUGGAGGCAAGGAUGAUGGAGGCAAGGAUGAUGGAGGCAAGGAUGAUGGAGGCAAGGAUGAUGGAGGCAAGGAUGAUGGAGGCAAGGAUGAUGGAGGCAAGGAUGAUGGAGGCAAGGAUGAUGGAGGCAAGGAUGAUGGAGGCAAGGAUGAUGGAGGCAAGGAUGAUGGAGGCAAGGAUGAUGGAGGCAAGGAUGAUGGAGGCAAGGAUGAUGGAGGCAAGGAUGAUGGAGGCAAGGAUGAUGGAGGCAAGGAUGAUGGAGGCAAGGAUGAUGGAGGCAAGGAUGAUGGAGGCAAGGAUGAUGGAGGCAAGGAUGAUGGAGGCAAGGAUGAUGGAGGCAAGGAUGAUGGAGGCAAGGAUGAUGGAGGCAAGGAUGAUGGAGGCAAGGAUGAUGGAGGCAAGGAUGAUGGAGGCAAGGAUGAUGGAGGCAAGGAUGAUGGAGGCAAGGAUGAUGGAGGCAAGGAUGAUGGAGGCAAGGAUGAUGGAGGCAAGGAUGAUGGAGGCAAGGAUGAUGGAGGCAAGGAUGAUGGAGGCAAGGAUGAUGGAGGCAAGGAUGAUGGAGGCAAGGAUGAUGGAGGCAAGGAUGAUGGAGGCAAGGAUGAUGGAGGCAAGGAUGAUGGAGGCAAGGAUGAUGGAGGCAAGGAUGAUGGAGGCAAGGAUGAUGGAGGCAAGGAUGAUGGAGGCAAGGAUGAUGGAGGCAAGGAUGAUGGAGGCAAGGAUGAUGGAGGCAAGGAUGAUGGAGGCAAGGAUGAUGGAGGCAAGGAUGAUGGAGGCAAGGAUGAUGGAGGCAAGGAUGAUGGAGGCAAGGAUGAUGGAGGCAAGGAUGAUGGAGGCAAGGAUGAUGGAGGCAAGGAUGAUGGAGGCAAGGAUGAUGGAGGCAAGGAUGAUGGAGGCAAGGAUGAUGGAGGCAAGGAUGAUGGAGGCAAGGAUGAUGGAGGCAAGGAUGAUGGAGGCAAGGAUGAUGGAGGCAAGGAUGAUGGAGGCAAGGAUGAUGGAGGCAAGGAUGAUGGAGGCAAGGAUGAUGGAGGCAAGGAUGAUGGAGGCAAGGAUGAUGGAGGCAAGGAUGAUGGAGGCAAGGAUGAUGGAGGCAAGGAUGAUGGAGGCAAGGAUGAUGGAGGCAAGGAUGAUGGAGGCAAGGAUGAUGGAGGCAAGGAUGAUGGAGGCAAGGAUGAUGGAGGCAAGGAUGAUGGAGGCAAGGAUGAUGGAGGCAAGGAUGAUGGAGGCAAGGAUGAUGGAGGCAAGGAUGAUGGAGGCAAGGAUGAUGGAGGCAAGGAUGAGAGAGGCAAGGAUGAUGGAGGCAAGGAUGAUGGAGGCAAGGAUGAUGGAGGCAAGGAUGAUGGAGGCAAGGAUGAUGGAGGCAAGGAUGAUGGAGGCAAGGAUGAUGGAAGCAAGGAUGAUGGAGGCAAGGAUGAUGGAGGCAAGGAUGAUGGAGGCAAGGAUGAUGGAGGCAAGGAUGAUGGAGGCAAGGAUGAUGGAGGCAAGGAUGAUGGAGGCAAGGAUGAUGGAGGCAAGGAUGAUGGAGGCAAGGAUGAUGGAGGCAAGGAUGAUGGAGGCAAGGAUGAUGGAGGCAAGGAUGAUGGAGGCAAGGAUGAUGGAGGCAAGGAUGAUGGAGGCAAGGAUGAUGGCAAGAGAUGGAGCAAGGAUGAUGGAGGCAAGGAUGAUGGAAGGCAAGGAUGA